CAUUGUUGUACGAUGGAGAGAGUAUUUAUGCAUCCUCUUUUUCUUAUGAUAUCAUUCAAGGCAAAAAUUGAUUCAUAUGCACUUUACUCUAUAUACCAUGACUUUUAAGUAUAUUACAUUAAUUGUAGCCACUCUCUUCAUCAUUUCCUACUAUAUAUGGAGACGAAACAAAAAUGUAUUUGUACUAAAUUGGCCAAUAAUUGGUGUGCUACCAUCAGUUUUGCAUAAUCAAUCCAAUAUUCAUGAUUUUACAACCUUGGGAUUGAAACAUUAUGGAGGAACUUUUCAUUUUAAAGGACCUUGGUUCACAAACAUUGCCAAUUUUAUAGUCACAAGUGAUCCCAUGAACGUGCACCACAUCACAAGCAAGAAUUUCAGCAACUAUGGGAAAGGGUCUGAUUUCCAUGAGAUUUUUGAUGUUCUUGGUGUUGGUAUUUUCAAUUUGGAUUCCAAUGAAUGGAAACAAGAAAGGAAAAUGCUUCAUUCACUAUUCAAAAGGAAAAGCUUUGAGAUAUCCAUUCAACAAAACAUUCAAAAGAAGCUAGAGAAUUGUCUCAUACCAUUUCUUGAGCAUGCAUCCAAAGGUGUGCAAGUAUUUGAUUUACAAGAUAUUCUUGAGAGAUUCACCUUUGAUAUUACUUGUACUUUUUUAUUUGGAUUUGAUCCUGAUUCCCUUCCUUACAAGUUCGACGAGUUCUCCGAUAUGGCUUGUAUAAAAGCCAUUUCUGUGAUUGAGGAUACUAUACUUUCCAGACACUAUAUUCCAAAAUGUAUUUGGAAGCUACAAAAGUGGUUACAAAUUUGUCAAGAGAAGAAAAACAUGGUAGCUCAAAAAAAUAUUUACCAAUUCUUGCACCAUUGUAUAAGAAGAAACAAAGAUGUGGAUGAAAGUCAUUCUUCCUUGCUAAAAGAGAUAAUAAAGAAAUGCGCCGAAAAGGGGGAAAUUGUUGAGAAGUAUAUUAGAGACACUACAUUCAAUCUCUUGAGUGCAGGAAACGGAACAAUUAGUUCAGGUCUCAGUUGGUUCUUUUGGCUUGUUUCAACUCAUCCUAUCGUGGAAGCUAAAAUUAUUCAAGAGAUUAAAGAUAAUUGUUCAAGACAAGAUGAGAAUUUUAUCAUUAACUUAAGUGUGGAAGAGGUUGAUAAACUAGUAUACCUUCAUGGAGCUAUAUGUGAAGCUUUGAGGCUUUAUCCUCCUGUACCAUUUCAGCACAAGUGUGCACUCAAAUCUGAUGUUCUACCUAGUGGACACAAUGUUGGUCCAAAUACAAAGUUAAUAUAUUCAUUGUAUGCGAUGGGAAGGAUGGAACAAAUAUGGGGAAAAGACUGCUUGGAAUUUAAGCCGGAGAGAUGGAUAUCAGAUAAAGGGCAAAUUAUACAAGUGCCAUCUUAUAAGUUCAUUGCAUUCAAUGCAGGUCCAAGAAGUUGUAUUGGGAAAGAUAUUACCUUUGUUCAAAUGAGAAUGGUUGCAGCUUCUAUAUUAUGGAAGUUUCACAUACAAGCAGUGGAAGGUCAUUAUGUAACUCCAAGGGUUUCUAUAGUUCUUCGUAUGAAACAUGGAUUUAAGGUCAAAGUCAAUAAAAGAUGUAUUUGAUAUAAGAAUGAAAGUUCUGUGAAUUUAAGAUUAAUUAGUGUGAUGCUUGUUGAGUGUUUCCUUGAAUGUAUUUAUUUAUAUGUCCUAGUUGAAUAACGUUAUGGUUGGAUUAUACUAUUUUUCUACUUGUUUUUGUUGUUAGGAAAUGGAUGCAUAUUUCCUUAAUGGUUGGGUUUCUGAACUUGUGAUAUGUUAUAUUUUAUCAAUUAUUAAGUUUUUGUUUAUG